AAUGCCUUUCCUUUGGCACACAGCAACCAGCAGGCCUUUUUACUGGAGAACGUCCCUUGUAAUAAUGCAAGCUGUGAAGAGGCGCAUCGAAUGUUUAAAGUCUACUGGGAGCUGACAGACCUAAAUCAAAUCAGGGAUGCCAUGGUUGCCACCUUCUUUGACAUUUACGAAGAUGGAAUCUUGGACAUUGUAAUCCUAAGUAAAGGAUUUACAAAAAAUGAUUUUGCCAUCCAUACACUAAAAAAUAACUUUGAAGCAGAUGCUUAUUUUGUUAAAGUCAUUGUUCUUAGUGGUCUGUGUUCUAAUGACUGUCCUCGUAAGAUAACACCCUUUGGAGUGAAUCAACCUGGACCUUAUAUCAUGUAUACAACUGUAGAUGCAAAUGGGUAUCUGAAAAAUGGAUCAGCUGGCCAACUCAGCCAAUCCGCACAUUUAGCUCUUCAACUACCAUACAACGUGCUUGGAUUAGGUCGGAGUGCAAAUUUUCUUGACCAUCUCUAUGUUGGUAUUCCCCGUCCAUCUGGAGAAAAAUCUGUACGAAAACAAGAGUGGACUGCAAUCAUUCCAAAUUCCCAGCUAAUUGUCAUUCCAUACCCUCAUAAUGUCCCUCGAAGUUGGAGUGCCAAACUGUAUCUUACACCAAGUAACAUUGUUCUGCUUACUGCUAUAGCUCUCAUCGGUGUGUGUGUUUUCAUCUUGGCAAUAAUUGGCAUUUUACAUUGGCAGGAAAAGAAAGCAGAUGAUAGAGAAAAACGACAAGAAGCCCACCGGUUUCAUUUUGAUGCUAUGUGACUUGCCUUUAAUAUUACAUAAUGGAAUGGCUGUUCACUUGAUUAGUUGAAACACAAAUUCUGGCUUAAAAAAGAAAAUAGGGGAGAUUAAAUAUUAUUUAUGAAUGAUGUAGCCCUUGGUAAUUAUUGGAAAGUAUUCAAAUAAAUAUGGUUUGAAUAUGUCACAAGGUCUUUUUUUUUAAGCACUUUGUAUAUAAAUUUGGAUUCUUUAUUCCUUAGUGCUGUACAUUUUUGUUCCUUUGUGGAAUGUGUUGCAUGUAUUCCAGUGUUUGUGAUUUAUAAUCUUAUUAGAGUCAUGAUGAUGGAAAAAGACAUGUAAAUAAAAAUAUUUAAAUGAGCAGGAAUUUUUGUGUCCACUUGGCUUGGUCUUGCUUCUUAUUCUAAUGAUGCAAAUUACACUUUUGUGAAUAUAUCACAGUUAUUAUGCAUUUAGCUUCAUCGCAGCAGGUCAGGGGUCUCUCACUGAUGGCAUUCAAUAUAGUGAUCGGGUACUCUGACUUUGUAUCACAGUAAGACAGACUUGCCUUAAACUCCUAAUUCCCCCACUUACAAAGUCAUUGUUUGGAUUUGGCUUUUGUUUAACUUCUCUAAGCCUCAGUUUUCUUGUUUAUUCAGUAGGGCUAAUAAUACUUGAGUUAUUGUAAACAUUAAAUGGGAUGAUAUAUAGCUUGGUGCCUAGCACAGAGUAAGUGCUCAAUACAUGGUAGUUGUCAUUAUUACUAUUUUAGAUGAUGUUAUUAGACUUAUACAUCUAAUUAUAGAAAUAUACAAACUUGAUAGAAUUUUAUUUUCAGGCAUGAGGAAAUAAUAGUCUUUGGAAAAGCCAAAUUCUUGAUGAUUGACAUCUAUAAAGAUUUACUUGCUCAUAUUAACUAAAAAUUAUAGUACUCUCCAAGAAUUAAUGUGCCCUAAAAAUUUUCCUCUGAAAACUGAUCCUUAUCAUGUGAUAAUGAAGAACAUUUGAUUUCUUGAAAGGAAACUGCUGUAGGCAGCAUCUGGGAAUGCAAAUCUUCAAUCACAUUUCUAUUCUCAAAGGCUUGGAGAAGUCUAUAAUUUCCUAUCAGACUUCAAUGCAAAUUUUAUAUUGUGAACUUCACAUUGCCAAAAAAUUACUUUAAAAAGAGUUAAAGACUGAGAAAAAAAGUUUACCAAUGCUAAUAAUUUUAUAAUACGCAAAUGGACAUGUAAUGACUAUAAAACAACAUUUCUCUGAAAACAGUUUUGUUCUUCAUGUGAUUUUUUUCUUUACAUUUCACUGAGAGUGGCUUUGUAUCUAAGCAUGUUAACAUGUCUUCUUAAUAAAUAUUCCUUAUUGAAA